CUUUUUAACAUGUUCCCAACCAUGAUGGCCUACAUUCCUGGUCCUCACCAAGGGAUCUUCAAAAUUGUAGACAACCUGAAACAAUUUAUUAAGGAUGCAAUGAAAAGCCACCGAGCCACCCUAGAUGAGAACUGCCCUCGAGACUUCAUAGACUGCUUCCUCAUGAAGAUGGAAGAGGAAAAAAGAAAUCCAGCCACAGAAUUUCAUGAAGAGAACUUACAGGCAACAAUAUUAGACUUAUUCUUUGCUGGAACUGAGACUUCAAGUUUGACACUGAGAUACAGUUUUCUUAUACUCAUGAAAUAUCCCGAAAUACAAGAGAAGAUCUACAAAGAGAUUGACAAUGUAAUCGGCAAAGAACGUAGUCCAUCAAUAGAAGAUAAGAGUAAAAUGCCAUAUACGGAAGCUGUAAUCCAUGAGAUCCAGAGAUUUGCUGAUAUUGUUCCCUUAGGAGUACCCCAUGCUGCCAGCAAAGACACAAGCUUCAGAGGAUAUCAAAUUCCAAAGGGAACCUUGGUGUUUCCAGUCCUCACUUCUGUUUUGAAAGACUCAAAACAAUUCAAGAAUCCAGAUGAAUUUGAUCCUGGACAUUUUCUUAAUGAGAAUGGUUGCUUUAAGAAAAGUGAUGCAUUCAUGCCAUUCUCUACAGGUAAACGCAUGUGUAUGGGAGAAGGCCUGGCUCGCAUGGAGCUCUUCCUCUUUCUAACCACCAUACUGCAAAAGUUUACCUUGGAGCCCACUGUAGAUAGAAAGAAUUUGAGCAUAAGCCCAGAGCCCAAAACCAACGCUUCAAGACCUCAUUCAUACGAGAUGAGGGUUGUCCCUCGUUUCUGAGUUCAGGACAAACUUCUUACAUAAAAGAAGCCUAGAAGUUCUAGAAUUUUCUAACUAAGAAGACGGCUUUAAUGCAUGAAAGAUAUCAAGUGAAAAAAUAAAAUAUUCCACAAAAUAUCCUAUAUAGUAACAUAGUAGUACCAUAGUACAUAAGGCCGAAAAAAGACAUUUGUCCAUCCAGUUCGGCCUGUCAUCCUGAAAGUUGAUCCAGAGGAAGGCAAAAGAAAAACCCUGUGAGGUCGAAGCCAAUUUUCCUCACUUUAGGGGAAUAAAAAAUUCCUUCCUGUUUUUCAUAUUUUUAUAUUGAUCAUGUCUGGAUUAACAUAAACAAUAUAAUAUAAUUCUCAUUUUCUGUAAUAAUUCCGUGUUAAUAAAAACUUUGGACUGUA